AUGUUCUUCCAAUAUUUUUCAAUUUUUUUCUUUUUUUUUCUUCUAAUUUCAAUCUUUUCUUUUUUUUCUUUUCAUGAUUUGAAUUUUUUCUUUCUUUCUUUUUCUCUUUCUUUAUAUUUCAUUCUUUUCAUGCUUUACUAUUUUUUUUCUUUUUCUUUCAUUUACCUUUUUCAUUUUCCUUUCCUUCUUUUCUUUUUUCAUUUAUUUUUACAUUUUCCAUUUUCAGUUUUCUUUCUUUUUUUUCAUGAUUUUUCAAUUCUUUCUUUACCUUUUCUUUUUUUUCUUUCUUUAUUUUUUCAUUUCAUUUUCAGUCUUUUUUUUAUGCUUUUUUAUUUUUACUUUUUUCUUUCUUUUUUUUUUUCUUUCUUUAUUUUCACCUUUUCAUUUUUCUUCUUUCUUUCAUUUACCUUUUUCAUUUUCAUUUAUUUUUUUCACAUUUUCCAUUUCAGUCUUUCUUUUUAUGAUUUCAAUUCUUUCUUUCUUUCUUUUUCUCUUUCUUUAUAUUUCAUUCUUUUCAUGCUUUACUAUUUUUCUUCUUUCUUUCAUUUACCUUUUCAUUUUCCUUCCUUCUUUCUUUCAUUUAUUUAUCCAUUUCAGUCUUUCUUUUUAUGA